GUAGAGGCGUUCCAAUUCUCCCUGCCCCCAAGAGUGACGUGUUGACAGGUGGACUCGCGCUCUUGUUUUUUUCUCCUUUUUUUUGUGGAUUUCUCCUUCCUUCCACCUUGUCCUCUCACCUGAAGACACCUGAGCGUCCCUAGAGUCUCACCUGAGCGGGAAAUACAGGACACAGGCGGACACCAUGGCGGGCAUUCCCCUGGGGAGUGAACCGCCACAGCAGACCGAGGAGGAGGAGGCGGCGGUGACGGCGGCACUAGCGGAGGCACGGGAGAAUGGUGUUGGGCCAGACCCCGCGCUGCCCCAGGACUUAGUGUUUGACCUCCAGCUGGUGCUUAACGGCUUCUCAGACUGUCGGGGCGAGGACGGGCAGCUGUACCUCGAUGCUUACCUGCGGGCCUACAGCGAACUCAACAAGUUCCUUCAGCUCCUCGGGACGGUCUUCAACUUCGUCUCCCAUGACAUACAGAAGAAGGUCACCAUUCUGCAGUGUUACCGGAAGGGCGGCGCCGGCGACUACUACUACUCCAUCCAGUCCAUGAUUGAGUAUGAGCAGGAGAACAACCUCCUCACCAGCAGCGACCGCCAGUCCGGCUCACGCACUCUACUCAGGCUGCACCGAGGACUGGAAUUCAUCUCGGGCUUCAUGGCGGAGCUCCACAAGGCCUCAGACACGGCUGGACUGGGCAGCCCCUCGUCAGAGCUGUACGGCCGCACGCUGGCCAAACACCACAACUGGGUGCUCGCCAAGACUGUUGGGGCCGUGCUGCUCAUGAUGCCCAACAAACAGACCAUUAUUGAGAGGGUAAUCCUUGGAAGUAAACCGAUGACGGGUGGUACCAUGGGCGUGAGGGAACACAACGAAGCUCUCAUGCCGAAGGUGAUUGAGGUCAUGAACUCCGUCUACAACCUCACGCAGAAGCUUUACGAGGACUACAACAUCCUCGACCUGCCCUGAGAUGCCGGGUCAGCGGAGGUCACUGUGUGGGAAGGAUGUGUUAGUGGGUGUAGAGGAGGUGCUGUGAGUGUGUGUUGUGAGAGAGGAGAUGUGGCAAAUUGUUUUACUUUAAUACUGGAAACUAACCAUGAAAGUGAAUUUUUGGUUGAAGGGUUGUGGUGUUGAGUGUGUUAGAGUAGGAGGAGAUGAUGAUGUGUGGGUGUAGGUAGGAGGUGCUAGAGUAUGUGUUGUGAGAGGUGGGCCGUGGAGAAUUUUUUUACAUGCAAUACUGAAAACUACUGUGAGAGGAGAUGUGGAGAGUCGAAGAUGAUUGUGUUGAGUGUGUUUGAGUUGGAGGUGAUGUGUGGGAGGCUGUGUAUGAGGUGCAGCGUGUGUGUGUGUGUGUGUGUGUGUGUGUGGUGAGAGAGGAGGCUGUGGGGAAUUUUUUACGUCAAGACCAGAAACUUGACAUGAUGAGGAAUUUUUGGGUCCAAGGGUGGUAGUGAUGUGUGCGUUUACAUGUGCGAUGCUGUGUGUGUGAGUAGUGAGAGAGAGAGAGGGAGAAUUUUUCUACUUAAAGAUUAUAAAUUUCCCCUGAUAAAAGUUUGGAUAGGAGGGUUGUAUUGACGAAUGUGUUAGGGUAGGAGGUGAUAAUGUUAGUGUGUGUAGUGAGAGAGAUGGAGAUGGGAAUUUUUUUACUUAAAGAUUAUAAAUUUGACCUGAUCGAAGUUUUGAUUGGAGGGUGUUGUAAUUACGAGUGUGUUAGGGUAGAUCAUGUGUCUGUGUGUGUGUGAGUAUGUGAGGUACUGGUGUGUGAGUGGUGAGAGGGGGAUGCGGAGAAUUAUAUAACUUCAAGACAGGAAACUUACCAUGAUACUGAAUGUUUUGGGGGCAGGGUUGGCGUGUGUGUGUGUGUGUGUGUGUGUGUGUGUGUGGGUUAGGUUGAAGAAGGAGACGUUGAUAUGUGUGUGUGUGUGUGUGUGUGUGUUGCUGGUGAGAGGUGGAAUGUGACGGUAGUGUGAUAGUUGCUCUAGUACAGUGUUUGAUGGUGUGAGAUGGUGUGAUGGGUGAACGAUACAAGAUAUUUUACAGUAACAGUUGCAGCUAAAGGGCAAGGAAAUACUACAACAUACAAAGCCUGCUAAGUGAUGGGGAGUGUGCUAGGUAACAUGGAAGCAAUGAUGACGUCCCACUGGCUUUCCUUCCUUGCAGACUCACCACACCUUAGAGAGUCACAUUUUCCCUUCUUUGAUGACUCUACGCCCUCCAUUUGUUCUGACCCUUCUUUCUUAUUUCCUUUCUUUACGUAGCUUUUCUUUCUUUAACCCUGCCCUCCUCCCUUCCUUCCUUCGCCCUCUAUCGUGCCUACCUUACCUCCCUCCCUCUUUCCUCUCCUUCCAUCUUUUCCCCUCCCUUCCUCUCCCUAUAGCUCUCUACCCAUAUCACAGCAUUACCCUUCCAUACAUCACUCUUGUCUUCAUUAUAUCACCAUAUGUCUUUUCCUUAACCAUUUACCUCUACCUAACCACAGUGCUAUAGGGUUUCUGAUUCACAACACACUUCAUUCCCUCACUCAUUUUCUCCCCAUCAGUAAAUAAACCCCUCUGUCACGCCCUGUAGUUGCUUGCCUGAUCAGUGUUUCCUGCUCGAGUUUGGAGCUGUUCGUCCUCUCUCUCUGUAAUGCCAAACUUACCAUUGCCAUCAUUGCCAUAGCUUACUUAGAUCUGUGUGUUGGUUUAAGACUUGGGGGUGUGUUCGCCGUUUUGAACUCGCCAUUCCAACCAUUCCGUACACACAUCAAGGGAAAGGACUCGUACUCUGGAAUGAAAUAGUCUGUAGGAUAUUCAGUCUUUCCAUUAACAAGGAGCUUAGUUGUUCAGAGAUGCUUCCUCCCUGAUGUGUGUACGACGUGACUAUUGGAAGGUUGAAUACAAUCUGGUGAACAUGCUCAAUCUGUUUUAAUGACAGACAUUGGCAUCUGUAUUCCUAUCAGUCAUGUAAGUUUAGCAUAGUUAGGUUAAUGUAUGUAUUCGGUAUUUUGUUGGCAGUUUGUAUUCAGCACCUGUUUUCUGUCUGCACCUCACCAACACUUGUCAUGAUCUUGUUCUUGUGUUGGUCGUGUUUGUUGAUCUCCAAUUAUUUUGUCAACUUCAGUACAAAUUGGAGUGUUCACAAAAUCCUGAGUUGCCAGUGAUCACUGGCCACUUUAAUGCUGGAUUCAGUGUACAGCUGUGUAUGUGGUCCAGCUCUGCUAAUAAUCAUUAUAAAGCCUGUAGGCACUGCCAAACAGAAUGACCACCUCCUCAACCAAGCACAUGAAUGUUGUUUAAAUCUCAAAAAGAAACAAUCUUCACCAAUAUCUUGCCAAGACUUUGCAUCAAACAAUUAAUUGUAUAAUAAUUGAAAAAAAUAAAGCUUUCAUAGAGAAAAGAAAUCCCAAGUAGAUGGCUGAGAUUGUGUAUGCAGUGUAUGGCUUUUUCUGCUACAUUUUUCUGCUCUGUGCUUAAUGGUGGUGAGUAAAAAUGUUCAUGAUAUUACAUUAAUUGGUUUGGUAAUGCAUAUUAUGAUGUAAAGAUUUUUUUCCAACAUACCAAGUGAAAAUAUGUAAUAUUAGGUCUGCAAGUGAUUCUGGCAUCUUUUCAGGGUUUUGUGUACGCUCCAAUUGACUUCCUGCAUUCCUUUUCCCUUUACUUCAGUACAAAUUGACUCCCUGCAUUCCCAUUCUUCUUCCAAUCAUCAAAAUAUUCCACGAGUGCCAGUUGAUUAGUUUUGUUAGCAUUGUUGUUGUUAUUCUUGGCCACUAUUUAGGGGCAUCCUUAUACAUUUUCUACCUUGUAUGAUUUUAAGUUCACAUUUAAGAGCCAGUUAUUUUGAGAUCUUUCUUCUUCUUACAGUUAAAAAAUCUUCCAAGAGCCAAUUGUUUCAUUCCUGACACAUGUUGAUUGAGGGACAUUAGACACACUCUGUUUUAAGUAUUUUUAAGUUAAUAUUAAAGGGUCUGUUUUGUGUGUUGACUUUAGGAUUAGGUUAUUUUUUCCUUUCUUUUCCUGUUAUUGUUACUUUUAUACAAUUUAUCUAACCUGCUGCCGUCUGCUGUUUAUGGAAUUUCCCUUCACCUGCAGUAACACAAGUUUGUAGAAUAUGGGCUGUAUUACAAGUCGAAUCAGAGAAGUUUCGGCUCCCAACAAAGGUCGGUUUAGGGGCCGUAUUAUGAGUCCAAUCCAAGAAAUUUCAGGUCCCUAUAGAGUUUGGGAUGAAUAACUCUGAGGUGCAGUGUGUGUGUGUGUGAGUGGUGAGAGAGGUGGGAUGUGGAGAAUUUUUUUACAUGCAACAUUGGAAAUUAACCGUGAGAGUAGAUGUGUCGAAGAUGAUUGUGUUGAGUGUGUUAGAGUAGGAGGUGAUUUUGACCUUCGUUUUGCUCCCUUCCUGACCAAACCCUGCUUCAUCCCAAAGCGUCUCAGAUUCGACUUGUAAAACGGACCUUUAUCUCACUAAGAACAUGUACGGCAUUCCUUUUUAUAUAUAUUUGGGCAAUUAUAUUUUGUGUGCUCAAGGACUUGCAAUAUUCUGAUAACAAGAUGACUUUCCUAC